AAUCUGGAAUUGAUUUAAAUACAACACAUCAGAUUUGCGAAGGAAAAAAAAAAAAAGAGAGAUCUGAAUCCGUCAAACAAACAAACAAAAAAAACCCCAAACGUUCGUUCACAGAUCUCGAGAGAUGAAAGGUGGUGAAAGCAAAGCGCAAGCGAAGAGCACUGACGAGAGAUUGAAGACGAGAGGGAAGAAAGCAGGGAAGAAAGUGAAGGAUCCGAACAAGCCUAAGAGGCCUCCAAGUGCUUUCUUCGUCUUCCUGGAGGGAUUCCGAAAGGAGUUCAAUCUAGCUAACCCUGACAACAAAUCCGUUGGAGCUGUUGGUAAAGCUGCUGGAGCCAAAUGGAAAUCAAUGACUGCUGAAGAUAAAGCUCCUUAUGUAGCCAAGGCUGAGACCAAGAAGACUGAAUACGCCAAGACUAUGCAAAAAUACAACAUGAAAUUGGCUAAUGGAACGAGUACAGCUGGAGAUGAUGACUCUGACAAGUCCAAGUCUGAGGUCAACGACGAGGAAGAUGCUGCAAGUGAUGAGGAGGAAGAUGAUGAUUAAAAUGAUGGAUCAGCAGCAGCAGUUUGUUUAAUUGAAGUAUCUUCUCUUCUGUUAUGUGUUAGCUUUACUAGUUUUAGGGAGAAAGUUGUUAUGUCUUCCCCCCCCUUUUAUGUUUUAACUGGGAUUAAUUCACAUCUCUCUACUUCCAACUUCCUCAUGAUAACUUUGGAUUUAGCUUUGAACUUCGUUUCUAGUUUUAUGAGAUGGUAUCCAUGUGUUUGCUUUGCA